AUGACAAAAAACACACACCGUUUAACAAAGUACAUCAGGGUAUUAGGUAAACAGAAUCAAUGGAACACCUAUGCUGUUUGUGUUGGUUGUCACGAAAAGUUGGACACAGAUGAAUUAUCAAAAGAAAGCUUUGUUAAUAAAAAACAACAAGUUAAAAGGCACUUAAAACGUUGUAAACAUUUCCUAGAGAAAAUUGGAAGCCAGGAAGAAGUAGAUGAAAUUGUAAAUUUAACAGACAAUGAAAAAGAGAGUCUUGUGAGUAACAAAAGACGAAAAAUUAUUGAAUUAGAUUCAGAAAUGUCAUCAUCUUUUUCGUCAUCAUCACCUUCUUCUCUAAUUGUGGUUAUAUCUUUAUUAUUAUCAGGUCGAAAAACAUUAUCAAAUCGUAUUCUUACAAAUGAAACAACAAAAUUAAAUUCAAUUCGUGACCAAAAAUUAAGUAGUGAUGAGAUUGGUGUUACCUUGGCAUUUGAUGGAUGGAAAAAUGUUUUAAAUCAAAAUUUAUUUGGGUCAUUAUUUAUCACAUCUUUAGGAGAAGUUUUGAUAUGGAAAGCUCUGGAUACAAGCUUUUCGGAUAGUGCCCCUGCUUUUGCUGGAGCAAGACACCAGCUUAGAUUGCAAUAUCCUUCUAUUGUGUUUCUGCCUUGUUUUGCCCACCAAUGUCAAUUGGCAAUUUGUGACAUCUUUAAAGAAUCAUCUGGUUUCAAAGCAUCCUCUGCAAAAGCAAUUACUGUGGCAGGAUUCUUCAAAAAUGGAAACAAUGCCUACUACUUUAUUGGUAAAUUACGUAAUAUACAAAUGGACUUAUAUAAUAAAUAUUAUUCAAUUGUUGUUCCAGGUGAGACAAGAUGGAACAGCCAUUAUUUUUGUUUUAACAGUUUAGUUCAUUCAAAACAAGCUUUAAGGCAUUCACAAGUUGCUAUAGAGCUAAAUCCAAAUGAAUUUUAUUUAAAUUCAACAAUUUGUAAUAUUCUUAUUGACAAUAAUUGGUGGGAAACAAUUGAAACCUUACAGUCUAUCUUGUUACCUUACUGUGGAGUUUUAAAUAAGCUUCAGUGUGAUAAAGCUUGUUUGUUUGAAGUCCUUCAUGCACUGGGUUAUUUUAUUAAUUUUUGGAAUAAUUUUUUUGAUUCAGAAUUAGGUGUAAAAAUGGUUGAAUGUUUUGAAAAACGUUGGAAACAAUGGGAACAGCCACUGUUUCUGCUUUCUUUCAUGCUUCAUCCAAAGUAUCAUUUUGCAUAUUUUAAUUCAAAUGUUGAGAAUUUGUCUUUCACUUAUCUUGGUAAAUACCUGACUUAUUAUUACAAAGCUUGGUUCAACAAAAGACCAACUAGACUUUUAUUGGACUUUGAGGACUAUCGACAAAAAACAGAACCAUUUGAUGAUGAUACAUACAGUCAAUUCAAUGAUGAU